AUGGAUGAUAAUAUUAACCUAAGGCCAAAACAAGCAGAAAUGGAAAGCCAAGGUUUAAAGAAUCCACCAAUAACUCAACCACCCCCACAACCUCAACUUUUUGUAGGAGACCUAGACACCCAAGUGACCGAGUCCCAACUUUACCAGCACUUGAUCCGCUUUGGCAGCAUCAACUACAUCCGCAUAAUCCGGAGUUUCAAGGUUCCUUCAAGUCUGAAUUAUGCAUUGGUUUCCUUCACUUCUCCUGAGUCCGCUGUAAAGGCGCAGAACGAGCUUGACGGCGAAGUCAUCAAUGGUCGACAUAUUCGCGUUGUCAAAUUCACCCAAGAGAGGCUCCAAGAUGCCAAUAUUUUUGUCAAGAACAUCCCAGAAUCAGUUUCUGCAAAAGAAUUUAAGGAUUAUUUUUCAGUAUUUGGGAAUAUUGUGUCAUCAAAAGUUGUGUAUGAUGACCAAGGCAGACCUUUGAGAUAUGGCUUCAUUCAGUUUGAUAAGAAGGAAAGUGCUGCUCAAGCGAUUCAAAGCAAGAAUGGGUCAACGUGGCUUGGACAAUUAAUUUCGGUAUCAAAGUUCUUGCCAGUCAACCAAAGAGUUGACAACUCAACGAAUAAAAACUUGUAUGUGAGAGGAUUCCCACAAAGCUACUCAGAAGGAGACCUAUUAAACAAGUUUUCACAGUUUGGUGACGUUAUUUCAGUAGCCAUUAUGUUUUCUAACUUUCUCCUUCUUUUAAGCAUAAAAUUUUGCGACUAAUUUUUUUCGAAAUUAAAAAAAUCGAUUUGCACAAAUCGGAAAGGAAAAAAUUAGUUUGAAUUAUAAAAUUAAUGUUUUAUAAUACAAGCUAUUUAAAAUUGAAUAGAAUUAGCAAGGGACUUCAUUUUCAUAAUUACUAUCUAUGUAUCAAAAUAUUUUUUAUCAAAAAUUUUGAUAUAAAAACUUUUGCUCGAGCUUAUUGAUUUUUCCGGUUGUGCUCGUUCACCGUGGAGAGUAAGUCUGGGUUGCCAUUUGGGUUUAUUUGCUUUGGCAGCGAAAGAGCUGCAGAAGCUGCUCUAAGCUUAAACAAUUCUGACGAGGAUGGGUUUAGCUGGUAUGUCGUCCCACAUAUGAAAAAAACUUAUAGGCUGGCUCUUCUGAGAGAAAAAUACUCCAAGCAGGUAGAGCUAUGGAAGAGAGUGAAUCUUUAUAUUAGAAAUCUUCCACUAGGAAUCGAUGAAGAAAAACUCGAAAAACUUUGUGCUCAGUAUGGAGAAAUUACUUCAGUAAAAAUAUGCAAGUCAGAAAACAUCAAAUUCGAAGCACCAAAAUACGACGCAAAUGGAAAUGUAAUUAACCAGUCUGUCACUUAUACUUAUGAUGCUUCUGGAAGCAGGGUUCCAUCAUCAAUUACUAAAGAAAUGACAUCAAGAGGAGUUGCUUUUGUUUGCUUUAAGACUGAGCAGGCUUUGAAUAACGCAAUAAGAGGUCUCCAAACUCAGACAAUUGAAGGCAAUAAAUUGAUAGUUGCUAAAUGGAAGCCAAGAGAGGAAUUAAAGAAAAUAAUUCUGCAGUCCAAGAUCAAGAAACAAAUGAAAUACAUGUGGCCAUUUGGACCACAUCAAGGAAUGCAAAUGGGGAGAGGAAACUUCUUCAGACCUCAAGUGCCGCAAAACCAAAUGCCAAGAGCAAGAGGAAUUCCAGGGCCUCAUAUGGGUCCACCUCCACAGAUGAAUUAUCCAAUGCCGCCAAGGCCAAUUCAUAAUAUGGUGCCUCAUCCGCCGAUGAUUCAUCAAAUUCAACCAAUGCAGCCAUUACCUCAACCUCCUCAGCAAGUCCAAAUGCCAAAACCACCAAUUCCAGAUCUCACCAAGGUUGACCCGUCCCAGCAUAAACAAAUUUUAGGAGAAGCUUUGUACCACAUUGUGAUCACGUUUUCUAACCAAAACAUUGCUGGGAAGAUCACUGGUAUGCUGCUGGAAAUGACAAAUGAUGAAAUUAUUACACUACUUACUCCACUUUUCUUACAAAAAUCCUGUUCAAAUUUAAAGGGGGUUAACCUUUGUAUUAAAAAACAAUUAUAUUAAAAUUUUUCUUUACUCCCCCCCCCUCCGUGAGUGAACAAAACCAUUAGAAAAAUCCCUAUUUUUUGACCAAAAACCCACCCUCCGUGAGUGAACAAAAAUUUUUUUAAUACAAAAAUUUUUAAUGGAAAAAAAUUUUGAUAUAUAAGUGAUAAUUAAUAUAAUGAAAAUCUAGAGCUAAUUCUGUUUAAUUUUAAACAAAUUGUGUUUUAAAACAUAAUUUUAUAAAUUAAAUUAAUAUUUACUUCCCAAUUUUUGCAAAUUAGGAUUUUUUUAAAUUUCGAAAAAAAAAAUUUUUUAUAAAAUUUAUAUAUAAAUUUUUUUAAAAAAAAAAAUUAACCCCCCCUCCGUGAGUGAACAAAAUUUUUUUGUUCACUCACGGAGGGGGGGAGUUAGAAAAUUUUUUAAAUAUAGUUCAUAUCCCUUUAUAGAUUUCUUUAUCGAGCAAAAUGUACUGGAUUCUUGAACGAGCAAAACAGAUCCUCAAAGAGAUGAGCUCAAUCUCUAUAUCAAAAAGUGUUAGAAAGUGCCAUGUCAAAAAAUGGUGGCAAGUGUGAAAAAAGUUGGCAAGUAAACGCGCCGAUUUUAAAAAUGGUUUAUUAUUAAAUUUAAAAUUUAAGAUACACAAUUAGACUAGGAUUUAUUAAUAAUUAAAAAGCUUAUUUUAAAGGUCUUAUGAAUUAAUCAUAUUUUUCUAAUGAUAAUAGAUAGAUAAAUAAUAAAUGCUAUAUAUGAGUUAUAAUUGAUUUAAUAUUUUUGAUUAUUAUUUAUGUAUUUAAAUAUUUAAAAGUGUGAAUCGAGUUGUGCCAAGGCGAAUGGAUAGAAUUUCCUAUAAAUACACCAGUAUGAUAACGAUCAAUGCUGUCAUAAAAUCCAAAGUUCCCAUUGAAGUCUGAUUGUUCUUUAUAAAGUUGCUAACGACUCAUAUCAUUCCUUUAAACUAUUAAAAUCAAAAAAUUGUGAAUCGAGUUGUGCCAAGGCGAAUGGAUAGAAUUUCCUAUAAAUACACCAGUAUGAUAACGAUCAAUGAUGCUAUAAAAGCCAAAGUUCCUAUUGAAGGCUAAUGGUUCAUUCAAAAGUUGUUAUGACUCAUGUCAUGUACUUUGGAACAUUGAAAAUCAAAAAUUUGUGAAUCGAGUUGUGCCAAGGCGAAUGGAUAGAAUUUCCUAUAAAUAUACCAGUAUAAUAACGAUCAAUGAUGCAAUAAAAUCCAAAGUUCCUAUUGAAGGUGUGAUUGUUCUUUACAAAGUUGCUAACUACUCAUGCCAUUAUUCCUUUAAACUAUUAUAACUAAAAAAUUGUGAAUCGAGUUGUGCCAAGACGAAUGGAUAGGAUUUCUUAUAAAUAUACCAGUAUAAUAACGAUCAAUGAUGCUAUAAAAGCCAAAGUUCUCACUAAAGGCUGAUGGCUAUUUGCAAAGUUGUUAACGGCUCAUGUCAUGCACUUUAUACUAUUGAAAACCAAAAAUUUGUGAAUCGAGUUGUGUCAAGGCGAAUGGAUAGAAUUUCCUACAUAUGUGCGAGCUUUAUAAUGGUCAAUGCUGCUAUAAAAACCAAAGUUCCCAUUAAAGACUGAUGACUAUUUGUAAGGUUCUUAGAGACUCAUGUCAUGUACUUUGGAACAUUGAAAAUCAAAAAUUUGUGAAUCGAGUUGUACCAAGGCGAAUGGAUAGAAUUUCCUAUAAAUAUACCAGUAUGAUGAUCAAUGGUGCUCUAAAAUCCAAAGUUCCCAUUGAAGUCUGAUUGUUCUUUACAAAGUUGCUAACGACUCAUGCCAUUAUUCCUUUAAACUAUUAUAAAUAAAAAUUUUGUGAAUCGAGUUGUGUCAAGGCGAAUGGAUAGAAUUUCCUAUAAAUAUACUAGUAUGAUAAUAAUCAAUGCUAUCAUAAAAUCCAAAGUUGCUAUUGAAGGCUGAUUGCUAUUUGCAAAGUUGUUAACGGCUCAUGUCAUGCACUUUAUACUAUUGAAAACCAAAAAUUUGUGAAUCGAGUUGUGUCAAGGCGAAUGGAUAGAAUUUCCUAUAAAUACACCAGUAUGAUAACGAUCAAUGAUGCUAUAAAAGCCAAAAUUUCCAUUGAAGGCUAAUGGUUCAUUCAAAAGUUGUUAUGACUCAUGUCAUGUACUUUAGACUAUCAAAAAUCAAAAAAUUGUGAAUCGAGUUGUGCCAAGGCGAAUGGAUAGAAUUUCCUAUAAAUAUACCAGUAUAAUAACGAUCAAUGAUGCUAUAAAAGCCAAAGUUCCCAUUGAAGGCUGAUGAUUACUUGCAAAGUUGUAAAUGACUCAUGUCAUGUAUUUUUUAAUUUUUCAAGAAAAUAUUUAAAUUUUAUUUUUUCUUAAAAAUAUAAAAAUAUUUUAAAAUAUCUUUUUAAUUUAAAAAUUUUUUUUUUUUAAAUAUAAAAAUUUUAUUUUAUAUCUUUAAUUAAAAAUGAGCUUUAUAUUAGUUUCAUUUUUUUUAAAAAAAUUGGCGCGUUUAUUUGUCAACUUUUUUUUAUACUUGUCACCAUUUUUUGACAUGGCACUUUCUAGCACUUCCUUAUAUAGAGAUUGAGCUCAUCUCUUUGAGAGACUCUGUUUUGCUCGUUCAAUAAUCCAGUACAUUUUGCUCGAUAAAGAAAUCUAUAAAGGGGUAUGAGCUAUAAAUAUAAAUCAGCAUGAUAAUAAUCAAUAAAUGUUUUUUAUAUAAUUCAUCAUAUAAUAAAUUAAAAGUGUGAAACUGCUUAAAAAAAAAUAUUCUACUUAAACUUUGUCUGUUUAAUUAGGUUAUAACUAAUUAGUAUUUUUAUCGAUAAAAUUUUUCCUAUUGAAAAACUUUAUUCCAAUUUAAAGAAAGGCUAAAGUACAGAUUUUUUGUUUCGAUUAAAUGGGGGAGUUAGCAAUCCACUAGAGUUGAGAGUUAAAGUUAACGAAGCCAUUGCUGUUUUAAGAGCUGCAUGGGCAAGCAAUCCGGAGCAACUGAAGCUUCUAUCAAUUUCAAAUAAAUAA